AUGGAAAACUGCCGUCAUUUCAUUUCCGCCGUCUCUCCCCGAAUCCCCGUGCGAGAGAUGCCAGUAGCUGCGGGACCCGAGUCCGACUCCCAGAUGCAGAUGGAGGAUUCACAGGUUAUUUCUCCCGACUCGCAGCAAGUCAGUAGAGGAACCACACGCGGGGCCGGCUGCAGCUCUAUAGCAAGCGCUGCUGCGAGUGGAUUGACACUGUCUGACUUAGCGCAGAAGGUUACUUCAUCAGAGUCACACAGGGAUACCAACCAGUCCAGUAGCCAUAUUGAUAUACCACAGGAUCAGCUAAGUCUGAUGAUAAGACUUUGUUUAACCGACAGUAACUUCCCUGCCUUUGUUGAGGCUGUUGAAAAGGAGCUGACAAACUUGACCUCUUCGGAAUAA